AUGUUUCCACUCUCAGUCUCCGAUUCAGAGCCAACCGACGGGUUCGACGGCUUACCUGAUUCUCUAAUCCUCCUCAUAUUCGACCAAAUUUCUGACGUUAAGACCCUAAUCCGAUGCCGCUCCGUCUCCAAACGAUUCAACUCGCUCGUCCCACAAUCCGACUCACUCCUACUCCGAGUCGACAGAGUCAUCUCAACCACCGACUCCGAUUCCGACGACUCGCUUCUCAUCACCUUCCUCAGAUCAAUCUUCAAGUCCCUGCACGACUUUAUUUACCCCUAUAAACCACUUCCCAACGUGACCCGAAUUCAGAACUCGCCGACACAAAUCCUCCGCGGAUUCGACAAAAUCAGAGAACUCGAAAUCGAACUACCCUCCAGUGAUCUGAAACUGGAUAAAGGAGCAGUAAUCAAGUGGAGAGCGGAGUUCGGGAAGACCUUAAAGAGCUGCGUAAUCAUGGGGUUCUGUGAAGGUCCUGACAGAGAUGGAGGGUUAAAGAUGAGGGUGGUGUGGACGAUAAGUGCGUUGAUAGCCGCGUCUGCCAGACACUACAUGAUGUUAGAGGUGGUAAGGGAGCAUAAAAAUCUGCAGAAGUUGACAAUAAGUGAUAGGGAAAGUGAAGGGGUGGUUGUGAUGGUCAAGGAUGGGCUUGAAGAAUGUAGAGAGUGCGGCGAAGAGGAGGUGAAAGUGGGGGAAAGUGGAGUGUGGUGGAGGAACAACAGGACGGUAGUGCCGGCGGUGAGGAUGAGGUUGAGGCAUGAAGGAAAGUUGGAGGUUGGUGAUGGGGUGAAAAUGGAGGGUGCGACGUUGGUGGUGGUCAAGCCGGUGGGGAAGGGUGGGGAAAGCGAAGCGGAGGAUCUUGGGUUGGUUCGUGGAGCGUUUGGCGGCCGUGGAGAAGCGGAGGAGUAUGGAGAGGCAGUGGAGAAGUUGCUGAAGAGGCGGGGCUAUCUUCUGGAAAUGAACUCUUUCUAG